AUGCCUGGCACUGCACUGAACCCAUACCACUCUGCACCCCUGGGAACUGCAGGUGUACCACUCAUCCUACACGCAUUUGGAGGGAGUGGAGUUCGCAUGCGGCUGCCCCUUGCUGGCGCUCAAAGCCACCGCCAGAGGACCCACCCACAACACUUCCACUGUGGACGAGGCGCACGCUCUUCCGACCCAACGUGCUGUUCCGUCGCUUUGAGACGUCUCAAAACUCAACUUUUAUCACGUGCUGUUCCGCCGCUUUGGUUUGGCCUCACCCACCAACCACCCCCUCCCCCCCCCCCCCCUCCCCUCCACCCUUUCCCCCCACCUCACUCAGAGGAGACGUACAUAGUGGACGAGGCAAUCACGCUCUUCCGAGCCAACGUGCUGAGAGUCCCUUUUGUUCCUUUACCUCACCUACCCAAACCCACCUCACCUUUCCCACCCCCACCCGUCACGCACUCAGAGGAGACGGACAUAGUGGACGAGGCAAUUACUCUCUUCCGAGCCAACGUGCUGUUCCGCCGCUUUGACAUCCGCGGCCCAGCGGACAAGCUACUGGUGUACCUGACCCUCUACAUCAACAUGGCUCUCAAGCGUAUCGACUCCUGCCCCUCCGAGGCCGAGGGCAUCCGAUUGCUGAUUAAUCUGGGGCUGGAGCCCUUUCCCAUACCGGGCGACCCUGGCUUUCCACUCGCUGGACUGUUCGCCACUCCGACUAGCCGUCUGGAGGCAGAGACACUGCGGACAUACCUGCAGAGUGUGAGGGAGGAGACGAGCAACCGGCUGCUGCAGCUGGUGUAUCUGCCGGACGGCUCGCCCAACAAGUGGUGGCUCUCCUUCAGCAAGCGCAAGUUCAUGAAUGUCGCCAUGCCCUUGUGA